UCAUAUUUACUAAUUAGUAUUACUAGUCACUUUUUAUUCAUUUCAUUUUUAUAAUAUUCUUUCCUUUCACUUUCUUUCCUCUUAUUUACAUUUCUCAUCCGAAACCUUACACAAUCUUUGUUGUAAAACCCCAAGCUGAGCGAGAAUUAAGAGACAGUGUGAGCACGAACAGUCUAAAGAGUCUACCAGCAGCAACAAAAUGGGACCAAAGAGCAAAACGAAGACGACGGAUCUUCUACAAACCCUCGAAGACUUCACCAGCAAAGACAAUUGGGACAAUUUCUUCACCAUCCGCCCCGACUCUUUCGAAUGGUACGCCGAAUGGCCUCACCUAAGGGACCCACUCCUCUCCCUCCUCCAAACCCUAACUCCUCCUCCCUCGUCUCUUCCUAUCCUCGUCCCCGCUUGCGGCAACUCUCGCCUCUCCGAACACCUCUACGACGCCGGAUACACUUCCAUCACCAAUGUUGAUUUCUCCAAAGUCGUCAUCUCCAAUAUGCUCCGUAGUAACAUCCGUUCUCGCCCUCUCAUGCGAUGGCGUGUCAUGGACAUGACCGCCAUGCAGUUUGAAGAUGACUCUUUCGGUGCUGUCAUUGAUAAAGGUGGUUUGGAUGCAUUAAUGGAGCCAGAGCUUGGUCCUAGUCUGGGAAAUAAGUAUCUCUCCGAGGUCAAGAGACUUUUAAAGCCUGGGGGAAAGUUUGUGUGCCUUACCUUGGCCGAAUCUCAUGUACUCGAUAUACUUUUCUCAACAUUUCGACUUGGGUGGAAAAUGAGUGUUGAUGCCAUACCUUCGAACCCAUCUAACAAACCUAGCCUUCAAACAUUUAUGGUGGUUGUGGAGAAGGAGCUGUCGACUACUGUACACCAGAUCACAUCGUUACUUCAUAAUACUUCCCUUCAUUGUAAUUCAGAACAGGCUUUGGGACUUCGUGAGUCUCUUCAAAAUGAGAACCAAGUUCGUGAAAAAUUAUCCAGUAGCUCUGAUACAUUAUACUCUUUGGAAGAUGUGCAAGAGGAAUUGACAAAAUUUUCCCAAGGUCGGCGGUUGCAGCUGACAUUGGGUGCCCAAGGAUGCUCUGUUUUCUCUUAUAGAGCCGUAGUUCUUGAUGCUGAAGAACAGUCUGACCCAUUUACAUAUCACUGCGGGGUUUUCAUUGUGCCUAAGAUCCGUGCUCCUGAAUGGCUCUUCUUUUCUGAAGAAGGACAAUGGAUGGUGGUCAGAAGCUCUAAAGCAGCUCGUCUCAUAAUGGUUUUCUUGGACACCAGCCAUACUAAUGCCACCAUGGAUGAGAUUAAGAAGGACUUGUCUCCACUGGUUAAACAAUUGGAACCUAAUGAAAAUGAGAGUGGAGCUCAAAUACCUUUCUUGAUGGCAAGUGAUGGGAUCAAGAAGCGAAACAUUGUUCACCAGACCACAUCUCCAUUAACUGGAUCAAUUAUUGUCGAAGAUGUAGUUUAUGAAAAUGUUGAUAGUGAAGUCAGUUGUAUCUUUCCUUCUCAAGAGUUGAUGUUUCGACGCCUUGUAUUUGAAAGAGCUGCAAAUUUGGUUCAGUCCGAAGCUUUGCUAAUAGAUGAACAUUCUACAAAAUUGGUUGGUGAGACAGUAAAGAGGAAAGCUAACUCAUCCUCUAAAUCUAAGAAAAGCGGGUCUCAAAUACAGAAUGAUGGAGCAUAUAACCAGUUGGCUGUCUAUCACGGCUAUGUAGCUAGUUCUUAUCAUUCAGGGAUUAUUUCAGGAUUCACAUUAAUAUCCUCUUACAUGGAAAAAGUUGCAUCAAGUGGGAAAAUGGUAAAAGCUGUAAUCAUAGGUCUUGGAGCAGGUUUACUUCCCAUGUUUCUUCACAGUUGUAUCCCUGUUUUGGAAAUCAAGGCAGUAGAGUUAGACCCUGUAGUUGCUCAUAUUGCAAGGGAAUACUUCAGUUUUGUUGAGGAUAAACGCUUAAAGGUGCAUAUAGCCGAUGGGAUUCAAUUUAUUCGAGAGAGUACUAGUUCUGGAGCAGCUCAGUCUCAUAGUAAAAGUAAUAGUUCUAGCUAUACCGAGUCUCCUACAAAUGGUAGUUCAACUACUUCUCAUGCAGAAGAUGUAGAAGAUACAAAAGUGGAUAUAAUUAUUGUCGAUGCUGACUCUUCAGAUUCAAGCUCUGGACUGGCAUGCCCCGCCCCAGACUUUUUGGAUGAAUCUUUUCUUGAGACUGUAAAGGAUAAACUUUCAGACGAAGGCCUCUUUGUUGUCAAUUUGGUGUCGCGGUCCCAAGCCAUCAAAGACAUGGUUGUCUUGAGAAUGAAAAAGGUGUUCAGCCACAUCCUUUGCCUCCAGUUUGAUGAGGAUGUAAAUGAGAUUCAUUUUGCUCUAAAAUCGGAGUCAUGUAUUGAGGAUAACUGUUUUUCUGAAGCAUCUCUCAAACUUGAGAAAUUGUUAAAGUUCAAUCACCCUGAGAUAGGUCAGAAAAUUAUUAAUGCUACAAAGAACAUCAGACGUUUGAAGUGAAGCACAACUGUCCUUCCUACAUGACUAGAUAGCUGAUUGGAGUACUUGUCUGGUGAUGUAUAAAUUGCUUUUUGGAUUACUAUUUUAUGGGAAAUUUUUUCUUCAAGACUGUUUGGCUCACCAUAGAAUUUUUUUUAUUGGAAAUUACUUUCAUUUUCAGACAACGAAUGUUUAGUUCA